GGAAACAGGAUUUGCUCAGAAACCUCACGGCACCACGACUGUGAUCUCGCCACCGAUGCCGCCGUGAACUACCAGUACUUUGCCGGUAAAUCAUUUCCACUCUUACCUCUGUUUUAACCCACUUUAUCGCCACCAUUUAGCCACCUGAAACCACCCUGCCAUCACCGCUGAAACAACCAAAACAGCUGCUAAAUCCACCACUUGAUUCCACCCCUCACGGACCUGAAUUAUACCAAAACUACCGUUCCUUCCCAUUGAAAGAAUCCUAAUGACGCUCUUCCCAUUUUUGCAAUUCCGGUGUUGUCUUCUAUAUCGUUAACUUUCGGGGUUUGGGUUGCAGGUCGCGGUUCAAUCUGCCGGCAAGGAUUUUCGGUCUGUUUUCAGUUGUUCCGGGCUUGUUUGUCUAAUUCGGAAUCUGAAGGAUUGUUCUAAUUUGAGAUUUGUGAGCGGGAGGAAGAAUAUCUUAGGUUUUCUGCUGGGAUAUACCAUAUUACAUCAUUUGAUUGGGAAAAAUCUUCUUAUUUUUCUCCUGGAAUUUGAAGGAAUGUCAAAAGUUAGAGACAGAACGGAAGAUUUUAAAGAUGUUGCACAUCGAUCAGCAUUGUCUUUGGGAUAUGAUGAGUCUAAGACUGCUGCCUUAUUGGCAUCUUUUAUCAUGCAUAAACCUCGGCAAAAGUCAGGAUUCACCAGAGCUGCGCUUAAAACGCUAGAGAGUAUUGGGACUUUGGAACAAUUUUUGAUGAAACACAAGAAGGAUUAUGUUGAUCUGCACCGUACAACUGAACAAGAGAGGGAUAGCAUUGAGCAUGAAGUUACUAUUUUUGUAAAAUCAUGCAAAGAGCAGAUAGAUGUUCUCAGAAAUAGUAUAAACGAGGAAGAUGCAAAUUCAAAGGGAUGGCUUGGUUUGAAGGGUGACAAUUUGAAUGCUGAUACUAUAGCACACAAGCAUGGAGUGGUUUUGAUUUUAAGUGAAAAGCUUCACUCUGUCUCAUCACAAUUUGACCAAUUGCGGGCAAUACGGUUUCAAGAUGCUAUUAACCGAGUGACACCAAGAAGGAAACGUAAGAACACUACCAAAUCAAAUGCUGCAGAGACCUCUGUUUCUAGUAAUUUGGACCCCAACAUGAAAAGGGACUCUGAGGGUCUCGGGGACCCCGAUACACAAGCAGCGCCUAUAAGAGUCCAAGAACAACUUUUGGAUGAUGAAACACGUGCCCUACAGGUAGAGCUGAACAGUCUCCUGGAUUCUGUUCAAGAAACAGAAACAAAGAUGGUGGAAAUGUCUGCGUUAAACCAUCUCAUGUCUACUCAUGUUUUGCAACAGGCCCAACAGAUAGAGCUUUUAUAUGAGCAGGCAGUUGAAGCUACCCAAAAUGUGGAACUUGGCAACAAAGAACUGUCGCAAGCCAUUCAACGGAACAGCAGCAGCAGAACUUUUCUUUUGCUCUUUCUAUUUGUACUUACAUUUUCAAUCCUCUUCCUCGAUUGGUAUAGUUAAUUUUAGGGAUUUUCACGCUAUUUUUGGUUUUACGAGAGUAUAGUGUCCAACUAAAGUUGAGUAACUUUACUAGAAAUUUCGAGGCAAUUAUCUGUUGUAUUUAUUUGUACUGUUAUCAUUGUUACUUGCCCAUGCCACCAGAUACCAAUAUUGAACUGAACUUUGAUUCAACAUGGCUUUUGGUGUAGUUUUGAUGA